GAGCGGCCGAUCUCUGGUCGUUGCUUUUGGUGCUCUCUCUCUUUGUUUCAAGUUCCUUGGUCCUCUUUUUUGGGGGCGUUCUAACUUGAAUCACCUUUUAUCCUUUUUCUUUCAAGUCUGUGCUGUUCAACGACGGACAACGUCGCGGAACUCUUAUUGUUAUUUUAGGUGAAUUCCUUUCCUACUUUCAUCUGCAAGUGCUUCGCUCGUUAGUCACGAUGAUGCUGGUGCAGUGGUACACCGGGGCACUUCUGUGCGUUGACGCGUACGAGCUCUAUCGCCUCUGGACCGCCUCGCCGCGCAUGCUGUCCAACGGUGCCUGCUGGUUCGACGCAAGCUCCAACGCACCGAUGGCCCUUGCUCUCUACACCGCGCUUCUCCUGUGUCUGAUGCUCGCUCGCCUAUUCGUUCUCAUCGAGCCGCUUAGUCGCUGGAUGCUGAUGCUCGAGACGAUUCAUGAUGGCAUUCGCGUGCUGCUCUACUCGGCCCUAUUCACCGCAAAGAAAGACGCGUCGCAGGCGAACACGAUGCUAAUCGCUUUUGCGGUGUGGAACACCUUCUUCUAUGGGCGAGCUUACUAUACCACCAUGGUAAUGCUGCGUGAGCACAGUAAGUAG